UACAAAAUAGUUCUUUAUAGUAUCUAUAUUCAUAUACAUACAUACUUAGUUUCCAAUUUUUAUUCUUAUUAUUUCUUAUUAUUCUUAUUUAAUACAUACAUAACCAGUUUAUAACUUAAUCAUAACUAUUUGCAACCAUCCAUUCAUUGAAUUGAUCUCUAUAGUAUAAAUUUUGAUUUGACAUGGUGGUCGUGCAUUCUGUUCAAAAAAUCAGAUUUUUUUUCCAGUUAAUUUUUCAGAUGGAUUCAAACAAACCUCAAUCAAUAUAACAUCUAUAUAUCUAUAUAUACUUUAUUUGAUAUAUCUCAUAGAAGCAUAUCAUAAUAAUCAGGAUGUCAGAUUUCGAAGAUAAUGCCUUUACUGAAGGUGCUGAAAACUAUGAUGAUUUCGAUCAAGCUGACCAUUUUUCCGAUGAAGAAUUCAAUGAACCAAAUAAUGAUGAUGAAGGAUUAAAUGGUGGUGAUUAUGGUCAAACCACUAGUGAUGGUAGAACCAUUAUAAACGGUGGAGAUGGUAAUACUGUUCCUGCUAACAAAGUCACAUCCAAACAAUUAGCUAUACCUAAAGAAAAGAGAAAUACCACUCCAUAUAUGACUAAAUAUGAACGAGCUAGAGUAUUAGGGACAAGAGCUUUACAAAUUUCUUUAAAUGCUCCUGUAUUGGUUGAUAUUGAAGGUGAAAGUGAUCCUUUACAAAUUGCUAUGAAAGAAUUGGCUCAAAGAAAAAUCCCAUUGGUUAUAAGAAGAUAUUUACCUGAUGGAUCUUAUGAAGAUUGGGGUUGUGAUGAAUUAAUCAUUGAUCAUUAGACCUGUAAUAAUAAUACAUUUAACAACCAACAUCAAAAAAUUAUAAAACAGCAUCAAUAGAGUAUUUUGUUCCAUCCAUCCAUCUUUCCUUCCUUGCUACCACCUUUUAUUUCGUUCUUUCCUGGCAAUUCCUUUUGCUUAUUCUGCAUAUGUAUAUUUCUAUUUUGUAUAAUACUAAUAAUAUG